AAAGCCCAGACAGAAGGUGUGGGUGCAAAACAGCUUCUCCAACUGGGAGUCAGUCUCCCAAGGUCCACCUACUGACCUUGGGAUUCCCUUCUGAACCCUCCAAGCCUGGGCUUCAUCUGUAGGGACACAAAGACAUGGCCUGGAAAGGGACAUCGCCUCUGCUGCUGCUGGUCUGGUUUGCAGCCUCCAUGUGCGGUGCCAGAGACAGGACAGACCUGCUCAACGUCUGCAUGGACGCCAAACACCACAAGACAAAGCCAGGCCCUGAGGACAAGCUGCAUGACCAGUGCACUCCCUGGAGGGAGAACUCCUGCUGCUCUGUCAGCACCAGCCAGGAGCUGCACAAGGACAACUCCCGGCUCUAUAACUUUAACUGGGACCACUGUGGCAAGAUGGAGCCCGCCUGCAAGCGCCACUUCAUCCAGGACAACUGUCUCUAUGAGUGCUCCCCCAACCUGGGGCCCUGGAUCCAGCAGGUGAACCAGAGCUGGCGCAAAGAACGUUUCCUGAAUGUGCCCCUGUGCAAAGAGGACUGUCAGAGCUGGUGGGAAGACUGCCGCACCUCCUACACCUGCAAGACCAACUGGCACAAGGGCUGGAACUGGACCUCAGGAUCUAACAAGUGUCCAGCUAAGGACGUCUGUCGCACAUUUGAGUCCUAUUUCCCCACUCCCGCAGCCCUGUGUGAGGGCCUCUGGAGUCACUCCUACAAGGUCAGCCAAUACAGCCGAGGGAGUGGCCGCUGCAUCCAGAUGUGGUUUGACCCAGCCCAGGGCAACCCCAACGAGGAGGUGGCGAGGUUCUAUGCAUUGGCCAUGAAAUCUAGGGCCGUGCCCCAUGGGGUUGGGCCUCUCCUUCUCAGCCUGGCCCUGAUACUGCAACUCUGGCUCCUUGGUUGAGUCCAGCUUUUCACAGACAUCCCCUCUGUCUGUCCCCAGCUUUGAGGACCUGUUUGAGCUCAGUUCAGGUCCACAACUGAAGGAGCCCUAGCAUGCCUCCAUCCAUUACCCAUCUCUCUGUCAACCUGUUCUUGUUCCAGGGUGGUGCUUGGGAUUUCUUUGGCAGCCAGUUCUA